AUUGUGUCCUCUUGCUAUCGCCUUCUACAGUUUUAAUGUUACACCCAUCUACAGUUCUACUGUCAUGUUACACCCAUCCAGCGUUAUACACUGCCAACACAUGAAACAUCUAUCAGCAGUAUAUGCAGCAGCACGUACUCGCCGCGGCAGUACUUGGUGCUCUCUCUUUGAUGCUCGCAUGAUUCAGCUUUCGAAGGGUCCCAAAAAAGCCUUCCUUGUUGGGUCAUGCACGCAGCCUUAUUCCCGCUUUGACACCCUGCGUUCAUAGACAGCAACAUGACCAAACUGCCCUCCUCCUAUCCAGGCUCCACACGCUCCAGAGGCCGGACUCCCCCUCCUUUAACUAACUCCCCAGUGCCCCAUGCCGGUGGAAGCUCCGCUCCGCACUCACUCCACUUCUUCCCCACGAGAGAGAGAGAAUCAGGAAUGUAGCAACAUCUUGAUGUGACCUCACCUUUCCUCUCCUCUCAGUCCGAUCCUGACUCCUGUCUCUCGAUCGACGCCACUUGGUCCGCGCCAGCCCAGAGAUGUUUCUCCACUCCCUGUUGAUGCAAAAAAUGGCGAAGAACACGCAGCAGCCAAGAUGCGUUGCCGUGCGUGCAGAAAAGAUGGCAGCGGCGCGAGAUCAGGCGGUGGUCUGUCGUCGUCGUCCAAGAAGUCCCGGUGGUACCAGCGCGCGGUGGAGGUGCUCCUCCUCAUCUGGAAGCAGCCGCCGCCGCCGCCGACGAAGGCCGCGGCGGCGUCGGGGGUGACGACGACGGCCAAGGGCGCGGCGGCGGGGCCCGGGAAGCUGCGCAAGUCCUCGUCGCUGAACGUGGCGGCGUCGUUCACGCGGGUGUGCCUGUGCGCGCCCAUCUCCUCGUACAACAGCGAGUCGCUCUACUGCUUCCAGGCCGACGCGGCGCCGCGCCGGAGCUACAGCUACCCGCGCGCGUCGUCGGCGUCGGCGUCCGGCGGGUGCGGCGCCGGCGUGAGCCCGCUGGUGGCGCCGCCGCCAGGCGCGGCCGACCUGCAGCACGGCGCGGGACGGGGCAGGCCACUGGCCGCGAUCAAAGGCCGCGUGUUCCGCGGCAAGUCGCUGACGGACGACAUCCUGAUGCGGCGGUUCGUGGUGGACGAGGAGGCCACGCGGCGGCGCAACGAGAUGGAGGUGAUCCGGCGGCGCCACGCCGCGGCGUCCAAGCGCCGGCGCCUGGGACCCAGCCCGCUCCGCCGGAUGGCGCUGGCGGAGUCGGAGUCCGAGGCCGAAACCGAGGAGGAGGAGGCACCACCGGAAGCGCCGCCGGCCGCGGCAGCCCCUGCAGCAGCCGCAGCAGCAGCAGCUGGAACCGGGAGGCUGGGAACGGACAAUCGCGUGGCAGCUGCAGUAGCGUAGGCGCGUAGCAUGGCGGAGCUUGGCUUUUCCCUGUCCUGUGUGCUUUCGAUCGGCUCGCCCUCGCCGUCGCCUCUCUGUGUUUUUCCUCUGUCGUUUUCCUCUUCUGCCUGUCCUGCGCUGCGAGAAGAAGGAGAAUCUGGAGCAACCUACGCUACGCACAGUUUUAAACAGAAUAAUGUCUCUGGCAA